GACUUUAGCUUAUUGCCAAUGGGUAGAAAAUCUCCAUGAGACGCAGAAGAUGGUUUCGCUUUUUGGCCCCUUCAGCGACUUGCUGAAGUGGAUCUUCUGCCACCUGACCAAAGGGAUCGUGAAGCGGGAGAUGUACGGCCACGGCAUUGGCCGCUUCUCGGAGGAGGAGAUGUACACGCUGAUGGAGAAGGACAUGCGGACCCUCGCAGGCCUCCUGGGUGACAAGAAGUACAUUAUGGGACCAAAUGUUUCCACUGUUGAUGCCACUGUCUUUGGGCAUCUGGCGCAAGCAAUGUGGACGCUACCAGGGACUCGACCAGAGAGACUAAUCAAAGGUGAAUUGAUUAACCUUGCUAUGUAUUGUGAAAGAAUAAGGAGGAAAUUUUGGCCAGAAUGGCACCAUGAUGAUGAUAACACUCUCUACGAAUCGGAGGAAAGCAGUGAAGCCAGCAAGACUUACUCCCCUUUGCGGGACUUCAGUUUUUAUUCAAGGACAGAAACAUUUGAUGAGGAAGGGAACAGUAUUUCUCAAACCCCUGACACAGAUUACACUGGACACUCCCUCUUUGACUCGGAUGUGGACAUGGAUGAGUACCGAGAUCAUGAACAAUGCAAGUGA